GCAGGUGUCGAAGGCCGACGCGGCGACGGCGUGUUCCGAUGCUGAUUACCUAUCUAUCAUACCUAAUCAUUAUUGUUUAGGUAGUAUUAAAAAAUAUUAUCGCUAUUACAAUAAUAAUAUUAUGCACAGUCAAGGACACGACCGAUGCUCGCGGCUCGCCACACGAUCCGUCUGUGUGUUUUUAUUUGGGGCUACAGCUAUACCUACUGUUGUGUGCACCACUGCGGUCGUUGAUUUUUCUGGGCCGUCGGUGUAAUACUUGUCAACAGCCGACCGUCUUGGCGACCGGUGACCAGUGACCGUAUCUGACAUUUUUUGCAGGAACGAACAAUCAUGAGUACCAUCAGCGAUAACGCCGCUAGGCUCAACGUGCCCGAUGAGUUGAGAGAGUUGCUGCUCGAUUUCACGAUCGGGUACUUGCUCGAGCAGCCCAACAACCUCAUUGAAUAUGGCAUAGAGUUCUUUGAAAAACUUAAGAACACUAAGUCUUCCUCCAAUAUAAAGCAGCAGUCUGCUGGAGAUUUCAGCGACGAAGACGAUGCAUCAGACAUCGACGAAGCUCCACCAACACGUUAUAAUUCUAGACGUAAGUCAGUUUUUGCAGAAACAUACAAUCCAGAAGAAGAUGAAGAAGAAGAGGGACCAAAUGUUGUAUUUCCUAAAUCUGAUGAUCAACGUCAAGCACUUGCAGCUAGUGUUAAAAAUAUAUUCAUAUUCAGGGCCUUGGAUCCUGAACAAAUGAAUAAUGUGAUUGAUGCAAUGUUCGAUCGUGAGGUACAUGCUGGAGAUGAUAUUAUAAAACAGGGUGAUGAUGGCGAUAACUUUUAUGUUAUUGAUAGAGGUACAUUUGAAGCUUAUGUCACGGAUGCAGAUGGUAAUGACCGUUUGGUGCAUACGUAUGAACAUAAAGGUAGUUUUGGAGAACUUGCUUUACUUUAUAACAUGCCCCGGGCAGCAACUAUUAAAGCCAAGUCAGAUGGCCUUCUGUGGGCUAUGGAUCGUCAAAUAUUUAGACGUAUUGUAUUGAAGAGUGCAUUUAAAAAGCGUAAGAUGUAUGAAGAGCUCAUUGAAGUGGUUCCUAUGCUAAAAACAUUACAAUCAUAUGAGCGCAUGAAUUUGGCUGAUGCUCUAGUCCCUAAAUACUAUCAAGACAAAGAUUGCAUUAUAAAUCAAGGUGAUCCAGGAGAUGGCAUGUAUUUUGUAGAGGAAGGCAUUGUUAAUGUAUUAGUAACCAGUGAAACUGGUGAACAAAUUAAGGUUAAUCAAAUAGAAAAAGGUGGUUAUUUUGGUGAACUAGCUCUUGUCACUCAUAAAGGUCGUGCUGCAUCAGUGUUUGCUGAAGGAAAAGUCAAACUAGCAUUUUUGGACGUUGACGCAUUUGAACGUUUGCUGGGUCCAUGCAUGAACAUAAUGCAACGGAACAUCGAGGACUACGAAAAUCAACUGGUGAAAAUCUUUGGCUCCAAGCAAAACAUGACUGAUGUCCGAUGAAUGGUUAAUAUUUGACCUGUCGCUACGAUUGUGUUGUACAUUCAUUGACCAUUUGUAGUUGUAUUUUUUUCUUAUCCUAACAAUGUUUGGUAAAUCAUUAUUUAUUAUUUUUCUUAAUUUACCAUUAUAGUUAAUAUUAUAUAUGAAUAUAAUUUAAACUUUAGAUACAGUUUCAUAAUACAAACAAUUACAAUCAAAUAAAUUGACAUCACUUUUUGUAUACAUAACGUGUAUAUAAUAUAAUAUAUAAUAAUUAUAUUGAUAUGAUAAUCUAUUUGAACAACUACAUCAUAACCUAAGAUAUAAACGACUGUAUUACUUCAAUUUUAUUGUGCGCUUUGAUAUGAAUGUUAGUUGCGUGAUGGCGUGUAUAUUAUGUAAUACGAAGAUGAUUAAUAAUAAUAUACCUAAGAGCUGUAUUUUUAGUCGUACAUUUUAGGUUUCAAAAUAAUAUAAUACUAUGAUAAAUACUAUUGUUACUUCGCGGUGUUAUUAUAAUCACGAGGAAUGAUGAACACGAUUUGGUUUUUCGAUUUACUUUGUUCAAAUGUCUAUCUGGGGUAAAGUUUUCUAUUCUUUAUAUAAUAUAAUAAUAAUUACAAUACAGUACGAGAGUAUUUGAUUAUUAGGAUUUAAGCAGAUUCUAUCUCAUCUCGACCAAUAAACUUUACUUAAGGUUAACUUUAUUUAAUUGUUAGGUCGUUUGAUAAUAAGAUCAACACAUACGUUGCCGAAUCGUUUCUCUUUUAUAUUACACAAUAAAAACGUAUGCCGUAUCCGAUUGAUUGGGCGCUGAGUAGUUAAAAUAACUUUGGGGUUCGGGGAAAGCACACAACCCCCCUACAAACUAUAUGUUAUAAUGUAAUUCUUCUCCAGUGCAGAAAUUAAGUUAUUUAUUAUUUUUUUAACCCAAAAUGCUUGUCGCGAUAGUCACAGCUUUCAAUUCGUUUUUAUUUAUUUUUUCCUAGUAACGAACCACAAAAACUCUACUCUCGAACGUAAUUUCCCAUCGUACAACCAUUGCGUACCUAUAUGGCCAAAUGUAACGCCACUACAUUAGUCUUUGUGCUACUCACUCACUGUUAAACGGAUAUUGUGUAAUUCAAUUAUAAAUAUGUAUGCCUCGCUUUUUUCUUUUUAAUAUUUAAAAACGUUCGGUAACGGAAUGAAUCUAAGAUGACUGUCCUGUAAAAACCUUGUUAGAGAGAAAAUG